UUUUUUUUCAUCUUGGCAGCCACAAAUAUUCACAAACGUCUUCUUUUUUCACGAUCAAAACUCAUUUUGACCGUAUCCAAAUCUUGUUUUGUUGUUUUCCCGUCUGCCGACAUAUCCUGCACGUAUUCCGACGUUCCAGUGUCGGACUCUUCGGCGUGUCCGUGCUUCAUAGCAGUCAAGUGUGUCUCUCUCUUUCUCUCAGUCUCUCAUGUAAGGAAAGCAGAUAUCUUUACUAGUAUAGUUAAAUCUAUCGAAAUCUUCUUUUUCCUGGUGUAGCUUUAAGCAGCGGCAAACGCCCAUUUCGGUAUUUAACAGAGUAUCCCGGUGACAGGGCCAUGAGGUGAUGAAAACUAUUCUCCAUGGCUUCGAAAAUGAUUAGGAUCGCACCCUUUGAAGCUCAAAACCAGCUACAACUCUCUCUAAGGCAAGCCUUUGACCUUCUCCAAUCGAAACUAAGACCCCCAUUUUCGUUAGCAAUCCCAAACCCUCAAGAAUACACUCAACUUAAUCAAGCUAUUCUUUAUGGUGUUCUAAUCGAACCCCAUUUCUCAAAAAUUCAUAUUAAGCACUUACAUGCUAUCGUCAUUGAUGGGUAUAGUGUGUUUUUAAGUUUACUUGUUGGAAUUGUUAAUGAAUUGUAUGGAAAACUUUUUGACUCGGUUAAGGAACAGUUGAUUUGGGUUACUAAAGUAAUGAUUGAUGUCUCCGCUGUAGGAAUUGAUAGUUUGCUUGUGUGUUUACUGAGGCAAAUUGUUGGUGGUGAUUUCAGUGAUGGGAACCUUUGGUUAUGUUUCGAGCUAGUGAGCCUUUGUUCAAGUAAAUGGGAUUGUUUGUUACAAGAAAAGCCAGUAGUUUUGACUAGUGCAUUAUAUACAUUUCUUCGUAUAUUAGCUGAUCAUUGUAGGGUAAUGAGUAAUCCAAAACUAGAGAUGUUGAGGCAGUUGGAGACUGAGUUUUGUGUCAAAAUGUUGAGGGAUCAAUUUCAUCUUUGUUUGAAGAUAGGGAGGGAUCUUGUUCGAUUAUUACAAGAUCUAUUUCAUGUACCUGAAUUUAAAUCUAUAUGGAAAGAUCUGGUUCUGAAUCCAAGUGAGUUUAGAACUCCCGAGUAUUUGGAUAUUUCUCAGUUGUACUGCACAAGGACUUCAAGUCGUUACUUUUUACUGCGGAUCACUCCCGAAAUGGAAACACAAUUGCGGUUCUUACUCACACAUGUGAUGCUUGGUAGCCAGAAACGAUAUCAGAUAUGGUUUGAAAAGAAAUUUCUUUUAGGGCCAGAGAAAGAGAGUCUUAUCGUUGAUAUUGUGCGGUUCAUAUGUUGUGUGCACCACCCGUCGAAUGAAAUUCUUCAGUCGAAUGUUAUUCCUAGAUGGGCUGUUAUUGGUUGGUUACUAACAUGUUGCAAGAAGAAAUAUAUUGAAGCUAAUGGGAGGUUGGCAUUGUUUUUUGACUGGCUUUUUUUCAAUGAAAAAGUGGACAAUAUUAUGAAUAUUGAGCCUGCAAUUCUAUUGAUGGUCUGCUCCUUGCCUAAAUAUGUUAACUUUACUCUCUCCCUUCUUGAGUUUUUACUACUUCUUGUGGACAAUUAUGAUUUGGACCGUAAACAUAUUAUAAUCGGGGGUGUUUCAUUGGCUUUUAAUACACUUGUCCAGAAAGGAGUGGUACAUUCAUUGGAUGUUCUGACCCAUUGUGAUGCACUUUCUCCUCCUUUAAAAGAAAGACUUCAGAAUUUAUUGUUAAAUGAUCAAUGUAAAGUUCCUAGAGAUUUGCUUCCAGUUGGUCUACCUUGCCACUCUACCCCAUCCUCGAAUUUGCCUGAUGUCUCAUGUACAGGAAAACCUACCCCAUCCACGAAUGAGCAACUCACUUGUGAAGGGGAAGCUGGUUUAAGCACCAGAACUGUGGUUGCUUCUAUUCCAGUUUUAGAUAAUUCAGCUAAUACAUCUACUUUGCAGGUUGUUUCCGUUGGGAAUGAAGUAGAUGCUAUUGAGAGAUUAGUUGAAAAUAUCGGACAGAUCAUCAAGGAGUCAUAUGUGAGGGGCCUACAAACUUUGGAGGCCAUUGUUUUGUCAAUAGUGAAUCAAUGUAAUCAUGGACAAACUAGUAACUCGAUUUGCUCACAGGACCUAUUAUCUACUAUUGCAAAGGAAUUUGAGGCAAAUGGAUACCAACUCUUUACUUCGCUUGGGAGCCUUGCAGAUAUUGUUGAGUGUGAUGAUGAAAUUGGUUCUGCCACUGCAAUAAUUACCCGCGCCUUCAUUUUUUCUCAGAAUGAAAGAAUACAAGAAAUGCUUUUGCUUUGGUCAAGGAAUGGUUUUCCAGUAGGAGCACGUUUACUAUCAUAUGCAUCAAGGGUAGCGUAUGAGGCUUAUGAAGCAGGUUGUUUUGGAAAUUCCAUUGCUGAGGCUAAAUUAAGUAACUCAAGGCUGCCAUUGUUAGCAUAUCAUUUGGAUGGAUAUUUUACUUAUCACAACAAAAGAAAGGGAGAUUCCUCUGAAGCCUUUGAUUCUGUUUCAGAAAUGGAUGAGAAAGUGAUUAACUUGGUCAAUGGUGCCUUCAUUGCUUACAGGCAUUUCCUCGUGUCCUCUAGAGCCAUCUUACACAAAGGAGCAGAUACCUCUCCUUCAAAACUCCUGUUUUUCGACUUAAAUGAUUGUUCUGAUUGGAAAAGAAUAAGAACGAAAAACUUAUUCCGCAACAUCUUUUGUCAUCUUUCAGAUUUAUCCGUCUGCGAGGAAGACAUUAUUAGAUUGCUAGUAGAAAAAUUGGAUUAUGCCGAUCUUACAGAAAUGCAGUUCGAAGUUGGCCUGAAGCAGUUCUCUUUGUUUGGAGGCAAUCCUAAACUUGUUUUCCAUUUAAUUAAGAACUCUCUCAAUUGGAACCCUGUGGAGCAGCAUAAACUCUGGGGCUUGCUCCGAUCCGAGCUGUCAGUUUCUAAGGUCCAGGUUGAGAAGAUCAUUUUAGAAUUUUUUAGCACUGGUGAAAUAUAUGGAAACCUUAGUGCAAUAGCAGUCGGAGGCUUUCUGACUCUCUGCAGUUGCUGUGCACCCACAGCAGACCUUGUCGGUACGAUCAUGUCAUUGCCUAAUAAUUCCUUCAAGGACUUUGCUGCAGCUGCUUUGGCUACAUGGGCCGCAUCUAACGCCUCGAUGCUGUUCGACAGCUUAACCAAGUUUGCAGAGAAACUUAAAAGCAAAAGCACAUGUUCCACUUUCUUGAAUUCAACUGAGAUUGAGAUCAACCAAUCUGCCAUUUUGUGGCUGUUGAGCUACUUCAAUGCACAAGGGAUGAAUGUAUCCGACAUGCUUAGCAACUUUUACCCCAAUAGUUAGGGAUGCCAUGUGGAAUGUUCGACCGAGGAAUACACCCUGUCCGGCUGUCCCUGCUUCCUCUUCUCAGAAUAUUGGCAAUAUUUUGAAUAGGAGAAUCAUCAUUAUGGAAGCUGAACAUGCAAGUCAGGGAUUUAGCUGCCGAUUUGAAAGGAUGACUUCCUCCACUGGAUCUUGCGGUGGUUUGUAUAAAAGCUUAUGGAGGCCAUGGGCAAGGCUUGUUCCAUAGCUGAAGUUUACAGGUAAUGUAUAGAUGAUUGAGUUUACAAAUAUGCUGUAUUCUCAGUGGAAGUUUACAGACCAAUGAAAGAUGAUUUGCCUUGCACGAAUCUCCAUUUUAUUAUUCGCAAAAACCACCUCUGCCGUCUAAUAAACCAUGUUACUGCAGCUGUCUCGGAGGUAUAAUAUUGUACACCACCUCAUUAAA